AUGCAGUCCAUGUUCCGCCUCCCAUGGUGUAACGAGUCGCCUGGCGACAAGAUCAUGGAAAAAUCUACCCUUCACAAGUCAAGACCGCUACCGGUCGUCGACAUGCCACACUUCAUGAACAAGAUCAAGCGGAAACGGACUGACAGUCCUGAACCAGUAAUGAAGAAGUGGAAGGGCGCGCACGGUGAGAUUAGAGCUGUCAACGGAAAUGCAAACGCAAAAGCCGCUGCCGAAAAUGAACGUCCUGCAGACGCACCCAAAGCACCUGCAGAGGUCCUAGACGUCAGACCAAAGGCGCAACCCUCGAGGAAAGAGGGCGCCAGCAAGAGCAAGGCAUCGAAAUGUUCGCAACCGACCACCAAAUCUGACUCUAUCAACACGCCAUCUACUACCAUGGACUCUGGACUGACUCCUGUGCAACAAGCCAUCGAGGCGCAAAUCAACUACGAGAUUCUGCUGAAACACAACGAACUCCGUUUGAUCGAACAGGAGCUCGCCAAAUGCCAGGUUUCCCUCGAGCAGCUAAGGCGGUGUUCGCUCAUUCCUUUCCCAGGUACCGAAGGUCUCAGUGAGGACGUCAGUCUCGGCGUUGGUGCUUCGUUGCAACCCGCCUCUGGCUUUACGGAACCGCAGUAUGCUGCUCCUUGGGGAGUGACCGACGGCCCGUACACUCGGCAUUAUGCAAAAUGGUUGAUCUCAGAUGCCAAGUUUGACCCCGUUUCUGAACGCGCACUUGCUCAGCAAGCUCAAGGUUACUUUGGCGCUGGGGAGGGCAGGACGACGCGCGGCAGUUUUGCUGACUAUGGGUCAGCUCACAGAGGCCGCACGUCGCGAACUUCGACUGGAAUGUUGAAGCUCACUCCUCUUGGUGAAACUCCAGCACCAGCGCCCAAGGUCGACCCGCUGUUGCACAAGCGAUCGACAGACGGCCAGUGGGUGCGCUUGUACUGCGCUCCCUGUGGUCACAGCAACUUUUCCAACACUCAAGGUUUCUUGAACCACUGCCGUAUAAAGCAUCAACAGGUCUUUAAGAGCCACGACGCUGCAGCUAUUACCUGUGGUGUGCCUGUCGAUGUUAACGAAGUUGGGACUCCUGUUGCUGCCACCGAACCAGCCAGCACCCCAGCUGCGCCGCCAGCCGUAGCUUUCCCCGUCCCAGCAACUCCUGGUAUCGUUCACCCGCUAGCAUCACAGACUGCACCUGCUCCUCAAGCUCGGGAAGUACAUCGUGAUCCAAAUGCCGCGCCACGUGACGACUCCAAGACUGCCACGCCAGCUAGCUUCGUCAAGUCAUCAUCCAUGCCAUAUCUCGCUGCGCGUUUCCAGAACAGCGGCGCACAAGGCGACUUCAAGGAGCUUGUCGAGAAUGCGCGUUCAAAGGUCGACCUCGACGCAAUAGACGCUUCAGAUGACGAUAGUCCGGCACCAACUCCUGUCUCGGCCGUGCCACCCCAUCUCGCCCGUCUCCCUGCCAGCGCUCCCGCAAGCAAAGCCCAAUCGUCUCGACCUGGUAGCAAGAAGGGAUCUCAUUCCAGCCACGCACGCCUCCCAUUGUCGUUUCCGUCACCCAACAACGACCAUCACGAGCCUAGCUCACCGGUAGAUCAUCAUCUCAGCCCCAACACCGUUGAGUCGAACCCUGGUCUGGUUAGCGACCACGAUGACGAUGAUGACGAGGACGCGGAUGACGCGCAUAGCCAGCCUGAUCUCCACCACGUUGACGUCAUGGUCGAGGACGGUAGCGACGUUGAGGGUGCGCAAGAACGUAGGGGUUCGCGACCAGCGCUCCAUGGGUGCUUUGAAAAGGGAGAGGGGAGUCGUGAUCACUAA